AUGGUCGUCCAUCUUGGUCUUGCCCUCACCUUCGUGCCCUGCACCGUCUGUAUCGGGCUGACCCUGACGCCCGGUGCCACGAUGCCAGAUCUCGCAAAGCAGUCGCGCGCAAACAUCACCGCGUACUGCGUCCCAUCCGCUCUCAACCUGCCCGCCGACCCCGGACCAGGCUCUUGGAAAACUGCCUUCCCUGGCAAGCCGAACUUUUGCCGGCCCCUCGUAGCCCCAAGCGUUGCUGUCGUGCACGCCGUUUUCUGUCACUUCACCAUAGCUCCACGCACAGCCAGAUCGCGCCGCCAGACCUGGUGUUCGGGACCAGAUGGCCUCUACUAG